CCCCCACUCUGUGUUUUGUAGGGGGUACAACUCUCCUGUUCCUGCGGGCCAAUCACUUUUCAGAGCUCCCCACUCACAGCACACUCCCGUACUCUUCUUUCUCUCUCUCUCUCUCUCCUUUUUCUUCAUUUCUUUGCUGCUCCCUUGCUUCCCCUCUUCUCUUCUUCACAGACAUCCCACUCUCGCUCCCAGCCAGGAUCUACAACUCUAAUCUGCAAGGUAAGAAACAAACACACUUCCUUACAAGUAUUUAUUUACCUGACAACAAAGCAAUCAUUAACCUCUCCCUGAGUGAUUCGUUGUCUGGGAGUCAACUCAUGUGCUGAUAUUCAACCAUAGCUAUCCUUACACCUCAGUCUCUACAGGCAGAAGCACCAACACAUGUAAAUAGAGUUUUUUUCAUCCAGAGCUUAAACAAUGGGUCUUGAUGCAAACCUUAUACGUCCUGGUUUUCAAACUAUUCUAUCAAAACUCAAGAAUUAGUUCUGUUUUAGGGAGCACAUUGUUUACUUUUGCAUGAAUGAAGAGUAAGAGGGGGUGUUCCUCAUGAGGGUGGGUUACAGGGUCAAUAGACUUCUUUGUAUUUGAUUGAAGAACAAGAAUGUAUUAUCCAGCAGUCGAGUGCUACUUCACUUUAAACACAUCUGCUUGCUGUGUAUACAUUUUGAAUGUAUAAUGAUAAAGGCUAAAACUUUAAAAAAGAGGAAUUUUAUUCAGAAGGGAAUGUGAUUAUAGACCAAGAGAUUAUAUAUCAUAUCUCAUACACAGAACUGACUCUUUUAAGUUACAAACAAGAAGAAAGGGGGAGAUUUUUUUAUGUUGCAAUGAAAAAAAAGGGGAAAAUAUCUUCACUAUUCAAGCCAGAUCAGGUUUCCUCAUGAGUGUUUUCCCUCCUGUUUUACUAUUGUACAGCAGCCAGCUUAAAAAAGGCAAGUAAGAGCUUGAUCUGUAUGUGUGAGGUUGACUGAUGGAGAAACCAUGCAUCUCGACAAAAAAUCUGAGAGGUUGCUGAUAAAAACAGCCAAAACAACAACAAGAACUCAAACUCUCUCUCACACACACAGACCCUCAGAGUGUUGCACUAAGAAGGUCGUUACUAGUACAGUAGUUUAAACCACUGUAAUGGACAUCACUUAAAGUCAUUGACAUUAUUCAGUCACCCUGGAGCCAACAUGAUUGUGAUGAUAAUGACCAGACGAGCCAUCAGUAGAGCCAGGGAAGCUGGAGAUCAAUGAACUUGUGCUGCUUUCAAAGAUGAUCAAAACAUCUCUGUCUCCAGUGGGUGCCACACAAACACACGGAAAAGACACUUUUACUUUUUUUCAAUCCCGUGCAGACAGAACAUGAGUAACAUAAUAAUGCUGGUUUGGUGUUUGUGUGUGGACAUGCAGGAAUGUUAGCUCUAGUUGCUUCACUGAGAACAUGUUCUGUCAUAAUCUUGGCAGGAUGGGGGCAUAUAUUUUCACUUUCAUAUGCUGAAAGGAAGGAGGCUUGAAACGAGAGCAGGUGUAGGCAACCACUGACUUGCUUUUUGUCAAAGCUGGCCGCAAGUCUGCAAAAACCACAAAGCUUCUGAAGCUGCCUCUGAAAAUUAACAAUAGGAGAGCAGCUGAAGAUGUCAAGUAAAAAAAAAUCAUGAUCAUUAUCACUAACUGGUUAAUUGAGCUGUGGGUAACCAAGUCUCACAGUGCAGUGUUAAACUGUCUCCUCAGAGGCAUCAGACAUACCUGCUGUCAUGUCCCUAGUUUGUAAUCCCACCUUGUCGAACAGCUUUGACCUGCUUGUUUCCACUGAGGUUGCUGGGGUGACUCUGACAGCUGUAAUUUCAAGAAGAACAAACACUGCUUUUUCCCGAUGUUGUUACAGUCUGACAGAGGAGGAUUCAGAUAUUUACUUUGGGAUUAAUCCAACUCAAAAAAAGAAACUUCAGGGACUCUUACUGGCAAGAUACAGCGGGUGAGACGCUGGAUUGUGUUUGACAUUGCGGUAACAACACCUGUGACAAGCUGAGGCAGCACUACCUCAUGACGAAAACAAGGCUGUAAUUAGACGAAAAAAGACAACACAAGGUGGGAAUUAUAUGUUUUAGCAGGGGGCUUAGGUCACUCUGCUUGACUGUGUUUGUAGUGCUUUUCUUGAAAUCAAAAUAUGCAGCUCUUCCUGUACAUAAUACAUGAUGAGCAUGCUGAGGUGGCUUGCAUUUCAGAGAUGUUGAUAUCAACCAAAAAUGCAGAAUUUAUAUGAACAUGCAUGUAAGUAAAAGGAUCAAGUCAGGAAAUUGGAAAACUGAGUUCUAAGUACACCGGAAUCUGUGUUUUCAUGUAAGAAGAAAAGAGCUGCAGUUGUGUCGGCAUGAUAAUUGCAGCCACAUUGUACAUCUGUAGAACUAGAGUGUGGGUUUUUUUUUCUGAGACCAACAGUCUUAACAACAAAGAAAUGUUUCUUUCAUUAGCAUGUGUUUAAGAAUUCGAUAUCAAAGUCCACAUGCUGCAUCCAGCAAGAAACUCUGUUUUCCGUUACUGUGCCAACUAGCUAAACACAGCAGUUCUUUGCAUAACAUCUGUUUGAUCAAGAGUUGGGAGGACAUGUUUUAUCUCUGGGGUGGGUAUCUCUGUCGAUGCAGCUUGACAUGAAGAGUUUGUCGAAUAAUGAAGUGUUGGGCCAACAUGCCAAGCUGUUUCCUUCAAGCUGCUGGGAACGGUCUUGUGUCAACCAAACCCAUUCAGUUUCAAUGCCAGGUUCACUGUUGUUUGUGCAAAACUGUAUUGUAGCAGCACUGAUGUGGUCCUUCUUAAGACCAUAAUAAGGGCUGACAGUCAGUGCGGUGACAUAGAUUGGUGGAUACACCUGUAAGGAUGUUAUUAUUUGUGAGCUGAAGUCCGAUUGCACAUGCAGUUCAAGUUUAUAGAAACAACACAACUAAUGCCUGAGGCUAAAUACAUGCAGCUUUCAUGAGACAGCAGCAAAUUUGUACCUGGUUGUUUAACUGCACUCCUUUUAAAACCUGUUUUCCUCUUGCUAAAGUGCAAACCUUUAAACCCUCGAAGAAACAAACACCUCAAAUACUGAACCUUUUAUUCAACAAGUCUACAGGCUUGUAUUCUGAUUUUCAGAUAAAAAUAAACUCAUAACUAAACUCUGUUUCAUUACUUUGCCAAGCAGACUAACCCUCAGACCACAGAUAAUCUCAGGAAGAUAAUGUAUCUCACUGUGGUCGGAAACUCAGGCAGCUACUUGUCAUUUGAGGCGAUUUUUUGAUCUGCCUUUCCUUUAUGUGUUUUAAUGUGCAGAUAUUGCUGAUGUCAGAAAUGUUAAUGCAUCCAUAAUCUUUUUUGAGCUCUAAUGAAAUAAAGUGCUCUUAUUUUUGCUUAUCAUCACUUUUCAGACCUCAUAACAUCACUUUCAGAGCUAAGAUGCUUUUAGUAAAAACCACAUUCUUUUCUUUGACUCUAUUUCUCACCUUCAGAAAAUGGCCUCCAAACGGCCAGUUGGCUACAAGUGUCGCAUAGCAGCAGUGCUGCUUCUCCUCCUGGCCAGUAUCGCUGCUCUGGUCGCUGUUGCUGUCAUCCAGGACACCUGGGGAACGAAAGAGUACACAAUGGAGGUCAGUGCACACAUCGUGAACAUAAAUUCAAGGCUGUAGAUCUGCAUCACUUAAUGAGGUGAUAUUGUGUCGAUGUUUUGAAUGUCACAUUGGAGGAUUUCCAGAUGUUAGGGUCAGGGUCUGAUGAUUGAUGGUGGUCCUGCUUGACCAUAUGUGUUUAUUUAAGGAUGGUGCUGGAAGUAAAAGCAGCCUGUUUCUAGUUUUAGGUUCUUUGCCAGACCUUUUAGGAAUUUUACAUUGUAUACUUUUCAAGGUAAAACAUGCAGCGAUGUGGACUAAUUAUGUUGUCUUCUACUCUGCAGUAUGGUAUAGUGAUAGACUCGGGAUCAUCUCGCUCAAAUGUGUACGUGUACGAGUGGCCUGGAGAGAAGGAGAACGACACAGGAGUGGUGACAGAGAAGACGAACUGCAGAGUUGCUGGUGAGUCUUCUGUUUCUUCUCAACAUUCAAUCAGCUGAUGAAAAUAAAAAUGUAACAAAUGCACAUUAAUGCACGUGCCUCUCAAUGUAUGUAAUGUAAGCCCCUGUGCUGAAGGACAUAUUUCAAGCUUGGCUUUGUGCCCACAGGUGAUGGUAUCUCAGAGAUGAAAGUUGACCCAGAGAAAGAUGCUAAAUCUUGGGAGGCGUUCAACAUAUGCAUGGAGGAAGUCAAGAAAGCCAUUCCUGUUGAAAAACACAGAACCACGCCUCUAUUUCUUGGAGCAACUGCUGGAAUGAGACUGCUACAGUAAGAAAGUGUUGAAAUAAGCCAGCUUUGUUGAUUCUCCCCUCAUUACUCACAAGGGUUAAUGGUAGGAAGGAUCAGAGCCACUUAGACCUAUUCAGACCCCAUUCAUGCACAGCAUAGUCGUUUCAUCAUGGAAAAGGCCCUGGCAGUAAAAUUACGCCAGGACUCAAAGUAGGACAAAAUUGAUGAUGUUGUUGUCCAAAUAUUGGUCUUUCCAAAGAAAUGCUCGGUACAUGAGAUUGUAAAUAGUCUGAAAUGUGAACUGUUGGGGAAAUAGUAGUCCAAACAGAUGUUGAGGUUCAAAAAGUUCACAGCAAGUUUCCAGUGGACUUGUUUUUCUUACCUUGUUAUUUAUUCAACUCCAGCUGUAUAUGUAGAUGUGGGUGUAAUAGAUAUGAAGUUACAACUAGUUUAGCCCAGCUUAGCAUGGAAUAAUGACAAUGAGCAUAGAGAAACAACUAGCACUUCCACAAAGUAUUUUAGUUUUAACUUAGAAAACAAGAGACAAACCUUUUACUGACUCAACAAGCUUCACAUAAUGUGUUAUCGAGGAAAGACGCUAAGAUUUUUUACUUCCAAGCAGGGCUAGGAUAGCUUUGUCUCUUGGGCUGUAAUCAAGCAAAGAAAUUCUUGGUUGAUUUGAACCUUGAAAAUUUCGACCAAAAAUCAACCAGUCGGGGGUGUGAGGGUUCCGACUCUGACGGCAAACCAAUCUGCAGCCGGGGGACGAUGCGGCUUGGCGAAGCGCUGCCGAUGUCUUUCACAUGGAUGGUAGAGGAGGACUCACAUGAAAGUUGAAACGCUCAAAACAAAAAUAGAUAUUCGGCAAACCACCUGACGUUGGUUAACGUGGACGCUCUUCAAUCUUCUUGUCUCCAGCCGGUCAGUGGGUUAGGUGAAUCAAAAAUGGUGAAAACAAGGGGGUGUUCUGAGACAGGCUGUAACCUGUGAAACCAGAUCGCUCUGAAAAAACAAACAAAAAAAAAACAUUAGUUCCUCAUGAUGAAAUUUACCAUAGACUUUAAAAAUCGAGUUCACCAAUCAGAAUUUUGGUCGACUCAGCACAUAUCGACCAAUAAGUCCAGUCGACUUGGACUUUACAGCCCUAUUUGUCUCAGAUAAGCUGAGCUAAUUCACAGCAUACGGAUUUAGGUGAUGUGUAAAUCUUUCAUUUGCAUUCGAGGUAAGAAAGUGUGUUUCUUAUAUGCCAAUGGACUUCUUUGAGACACUGUCUCAAUUUUUCACUCCACUCAUGCUGCUUUUUUCAGUGAGAUCUGUUUUUGUGCUCUGUUUCCUGCUCUGCUGUAAGUGAGAGGGAUGAACAGAAGUCCAAUGAAAUCCUGGCGAGUCUCAGAGAAUACCUCAGCUAUUUGCCCUUCGACUUCAAGAACGCCUCCAUCAUAUCUGGUGAGGAGGAAGGGCUGUACGGGUGGGUCACUGUCAACUACCUCAUGGGAAACUUCCUAGAGGUAAGUAACAAUUUAUGUCAACCAGUGUUGGAUUUCCUCUAAAUGGAGUUUUGCAUAAAAAAGGAGACUACUCAUAACUUUCUCCUUUGUCUUUGCAGAAACACAUUUUGAACAAAUAUAUUCGCCCAUCAGGGGCACAAACUGUUGGCUCAAUGGACCUCGGUGGAGCGUCUACGCAGAUUGCUUUUGCAGUCCAGGAGGAUCUCCAGGGUCCUGACUACAUGCCUGUCAAGCUGUAUGGAUAUCCUUACAAUGUCUAUACGCAUAGUUUCCUGUGCUAUGGGAAAAAUGAGGCAGAGAAGAGGGUUCUGGACAAAGUAGUUCAAGUAUGCAGCUUGUCUUUUUGCCUUUGCAUGUUUGAAAAAAAGAAGAAAUGAUAGAUCUCCCUGGUAUUCUUCCCACAGUGUUCAGUUUAUCUUUCUAUGUUUAUGCUUAGAGUGCCUGUGUGGUGCUUUCUGCAUGCAUGUGCAGACUGAAAAGCAUUAAGAAUUAAUGCAUAAACACUGUUGUUCUUGAGUUGCUAACACAAAAAGGGAGAUCGGUAAAGAAUGCAUUAUGUCAUUAAGGAUAUUGAUCCAACCAUGAAUGUCAUCAAGCCAGUCUGCUGGAAAUGCAUUUUUUUUUUUCUGGCAGCUUAUUUCCUAAUUCUUGAAACCAUUAUUAAUUAUGACUGAGGAAGAGUGCUGGGCUGUGAUUAUAUGUUAUGGGAAUAAAAGACAGGAUGCAUGAGUGAAACUGUCCAAACUCUUCCCUCGUUUGUCAUCCUGAGCUUUUCCCCCCACCCUCUUCUCAACAUUUAUCUCUGCCUGAUGUUUUCUUCCAGCAAUCAUCCGACCCAUCCCGCAUUGUUAAUCCCUGCUACCCUGAAGGCUUCAACAUCACCCUGAAGGCCUCGGCCAUUUAUGACACAGAGUGCACAAAGACACCCCAAAACUACGACCCAGACCAAGAGUUCUUCUUUGUAGGGGUUGCAGAUUCUGACGGAUGUGGCAACAUAGUGAAAUCAAUUUUUGAUUUCAAGACUUGCUCCUCAUCCCAGUGUUCAUUCAACGGGGUGGAGCAGCCACCUGUUACUGGAGCGUUUAUGGUAAAAAAUACUGUGAAAAUACUGCAUCUUUAAAUUGAGGCUAAAGAGCUGAAUGGCCUCAUACAUGUUUCUGCUUUUCCUGACAGGCGUACGCAGGGUUCUUCUACACUGCUCGAGCUCUACUGGUAAACGGGACGUCAGACUUGAAUCAGUUCAACGCCUCAGUGACAAAAUUCUGCCACUCACAUUGGAAAGUGGUGAGUUAAUUUUGGUGGUUUUACAGCUGUGUCAGCGAAACACUGAAGGAGGAGGGCGAUAAAAUAACUGAGAUAAUAAAGUAGAAGAAGAAUUUACAAAGAAGAGGAGGCGGCAUCAAAGAAGAAACACACAUAAACUUCAAAGCAGUAAUGAUAGGAUCCAACAACUCAGAGCACAUUUGGUAAUCACAUUCCUCAUCCCCUUUUUGCUCUUGAAGACUAGAGAGGAGUAGCUCCCUCCCGAGGCAAAACACCUGCAGAUCACAACCUUUAAUGUGCAAAGUUGUCUGACUGCAUUCCCUCACUUAUGUUGAAAAUGCACUUACCUCCCCAACUUACCAGUGAUGUUCAAGGUCUUCUCUCCAUUAUACGGUGAUAAAGGCCCUCUUUUUCUGUUUAUCUAAAUACACACAUCUUUAGCCGGGAAGUUGUUCUGGAGUCAUGCACUGAGUUUAUUGUGAUAAAAUAGUAACUGUGAUAUCUGCAAGUUUUUAAUCUUAUUUUGUCAAUACUUUAAAAUCACUCUUCAACACUUUAUAUUGUGGUUUUAUCCUGGUCACAAAGUCGAUCUGUUUGAAUCUUAAAUUGAACAUUAAAACUCUGUUACUGGCAUUCAAUCUCAGCUGUUUCUACUAAUCUAAAAUUGUGACCAUGAGCCUGUUUCUCUGUUUUUCAGCUGAGGGCAGAAAAGCACUGGAUCUCAGACAGAUAUCUCAGGACAUAUUGUUAUGCUGCUCAUUACGUCUUCACUUUGCUGGCAGAUGGAUACAAGUUUGACGAAGAGACUUGGAAAAAUAUAAACUUUGAAAAACAGGUUAGUUGAACAAAUACACAACACACCCACCGAAACACUUUUUGCUCAUAAGAUUUCGUCCAAUUAUAACAUUUAUAUUAAUAUAUUUUAUCAUUUAAUAUUUUUUAUCAAGAAAGAAAACAAGACCACAGUCACUAAAAUAUUUUCAUGACAGUUUGAUGGGAGUUUCUGGGCUUCGGCUCUGGGCUGUCAGCUUUCCUUCAUGUUCAGACACAGACAUUUCACAGUGUUUAACAUACACCAGAGUGAACGAGGCCACCCAUUUGGAUCCAUUUAAGAUGGAUGGCUGACAUACCGAUCAUCUGUGCUCAAAAAGCUGAAGGCAGAGUAUAAGACAGGCAAUGUAUCGCUCUGGGAUGCCCUCAGGACACAGCGCUUCUCUGACAAAGGAACUCCCUCAGCAGAGGGGGUUUCCUUCUCCGUGAAACAGUCUAUCACUCAUGAGUCAUUGAAAAAGAAAGAGGCUAUUAAAAAGUGACACAUGACAGUAGCAGUUUCCUAAUUGCGCGACUGUUACCCUUUUGACUUGCAAGAACGUUCUUCAAAACCUGGCAGCGCUUCCAAUUUCCAAUAUAUCCAACAAGGGAAUAAGUGUGCAGUGUAUGUGCUGCUUUGUUUGGUGCCUUUGGGGUGUCUGCGAGUCUGGCAGCUGGUCUCCCUUGGAGGGUUUUACGAGAUAGACACACUUGGAUUCUUUACAUGAAUUGUCUUUGGGUGUUGUGACUCAUCUUUUGCCCUGGAGCUUUGUGCAACUUCAAAACAGGGCUGUCAGAGAUGUUUUUUCUCUAGACAUGCAAAGCAAUGUACAGCAUUAGCUGCAGCGGCGCUGAAAGUAGCUGAGCUGCAACAACCCAGAUAUGACUUAGAGAAGGUCCACAAUGAUGAGAACAACAGAUAAGUGUUGCAAAUGAAAAAUGACUUGGUUCAAAUUGCCAAUGCAACAAGGGCAGACGUGCAGCAAAUAAAUGAAUGGGGCAAUCUUGGAAACACAAAAACUAUGCAACAGAGGGGGCUAGAAGUGACUCAAGCUUGCUGUCAAACAAAUCCAUAAAAUUGAUUUCACCAAACUUCACAACUCCCUAAAAGCCUGGAGACUUUUGUUGUGAUAGCUGGACUUGCGUGUUUAUUCUGUUGUACUCACUUGCUUGGUUUGUUUGCUUUUGACUCCACCUCAUAAAUGUAUUUUCAGGGAGUUUGCCUUUUAUUCAUUUGGGAUUUUUUAGACAUGGUUUUCUGUUUUGUUGCGUUUCUAUUUCAUUUCAUACAUUUUUUUUCUUGUGCAAGUAUUUCUAAAGUGUCAGCCUGUCUUUCCUCAUAAAAAUUUAACGUAGUGUGUUGAUCCCCGUGGGCAACUGUAAUCAACCAUAAUGUGGACACAUGUGGCCUCUAUCUUCUCUCUUCUACAGGUGAAGGACACCAGCAUUGGUUGGAGUUUGGGCUACAUGCUGAGUAUGUCCAACAUGAUCCCAUCUGAAGUGAAAACAAUCCCUCCCAUGGCCAACCCUGUCUUUGCCGGUCUUGUAUUUCUAUUCUCAGCUCUGACCAUUGUAACUGUUAUCUUCAUUUUCAUCUUCCUUGUUCGCACCUGCUACUGAGAGUGUGAGCUACGAAGGGGAUGGUCUGGCAUUGUAAGCCUUGGGGGCUGCUGUAAUCCUGUAAGAGCACCACAGUAGCAUGGCCCGGGAACUUUUACAGUUACAGUUACUUAUGAUAAUGUUUUCUAUUUUUUCUACCCUGAGCCAGUCACUGCCUCAAGUUUCAAUCACAGGAGUUGUUAAAAAGUGAAGUAAGCGCCUCAAAAUAAAACUCUCACUGUAUGUUUAAGCUCGCUUCAGCUGUUUGACUGUUUUGUAGCGACAAAAAGUAAACCCCUCCUUUUUUUUUUAGCUUUUUAUCCUUUACCUCAGGGAGACUUCUAGAUUUAAGAUCUAUUUUACCUUUUCAGUCUCGACUUAAGGUCAAUUUAGCUGCUUUAAAGACAAAAAGUUUAGCUGAAAGUAGCACAAAAUGACGAACGAGCACUCAGCUAUGUUCUCGUCCUCCUUCUUGUCUCAUAUUGUGUAACCUUAAAGUAAUCUCUCCAUUUGUCUCUCUCUCUCUCUCACACAAACACACACAAACCCUCAGGCAAAAGCAUGAUUAACUACUCAUCUGUCACCAGACUAUGUUUUUAUACCUGUAUCAUACUGUUUAUGUUAUUGCACUGAAUCCAUUUGCUUUACACACAGUUUGGUGGCACUUCGCUCUGACUAUCUCGUAGUGUUGUAAUGUAGCAGUUUAUAUUAGAAGUGCACAAUAAUACUCCAAUGUUAAUGAAAGGAAACCUCCCUGAUAAAUGGUGUAUGAAUGUGUAAUGUGCCAUUGCUUUAUUUGGGUUUUGAAAACGAAGUUCUUGUUGUAUUAAAUCAUUUUUUUAUGGUCAGUUUUAAAAUAAAGUAGAUGAAAGGAUUGCAGCUCAAAGGUGAACUACAAUGAUUUGAGGUUGAUUUUUCCCCACUAUAAAUGCACAUAUAGUAAGCAGCACAUAAUAAACUUGCAGAAAAAGAAGUCUUGGAUAAUAAGAGAUAAGAGGAGAAGGUCCAAAGUUGAGUGCUAAAAAGAACAAGUCCUGUCAUGGUGACAAGACACACAUUUCAAGUUUCAGGGCAGUAUAUACUCGACUAAGUUGUAUGUGUAUAUGACGAAAUAAGUGUUCAUUUAUUUAAAGCAUUUGCUUAAAAAGAGUGACCAAUGAGUCGGUCUGACCUUUGAAAGAGAUCUACAAAACGCACAAGUGCAUCCAAAUCAUAAAUAGAAGAUUGGCAGAUACUCAAAAAUCCCUUUGAUUAUUAAUAACAUGCUUUGUUGUUUAAGUCUUAAAUUACAAAAAGCAUUUUGCUCAUUUUUUUAAUUUUAUUUUUUUUACUACAAUAAACAGUGCAUUAUUUCAGGAUAAAAGCAACAGGCGUAAAAACGAAUGUAUAUAUAUGCAUUUGGAUUUUGACCUUGUAAGUAUAUGGAACUCUGCUUUAAAACGGUUUCAAUAGCGUUGUUGUCUUUGCACUGAAGAGAUUGAUGCAUGAUUUUCAUGUAAUGCACUCACUGUUUCACUGUGUCUGUUUGGAUAAUUUUGCUCCCUCUAUUCAGUAAACAAUAAACUUCUACUAACUGGA